AUGUCUUCAUUUAAUGACGUUUCCAAGGGCGUGCUGUCUGUUUCUUUUUCUUGGGUUGGAAAACUAACCAAACUCUACCACUUGAACCUUGCAGAUACCAACAUAAAGGGAGAAUUCCUAUCUUUUGUGUCUAACCUGACACAACUUGAAUUUCUAGACUUGUUCGAUAAUGAAAUAUCAGGUCAAAUCCCAUCUUGGCUUAUGAAGUUGACCCAGUUAACAACUAUAAGCCUUGGUUAUAACAAUUUGCAAGGACCAAUGCCUAGGUCGCUCUUCCAACUCAAAAAUCUUGAAUAUCUUUUUCUUACCGGUAAUAACUUGAGUGGGUUGGUUGAGUUUGAUCAGUUUUCCAAACUCAAAAAGUUGAAGGGCCUUGAAUUGUCGUACAACAUGUUAUCUGUGGAUAUCAGAAAUGAUUUAAGUGCUACUCUUCCAAAGCUUCAAACUCUAGCACUGGGCUUCUGCAACUUAACAGAGUUUCCAAAUUUUUUGAAAAAUCAAUCCGAACUGACUGAGCUAGACCUUUCCUACAACAAAAUUCACAGGCGAAUAACAAAAUGGGUCUCGAAUGCAACUAGAGAAACUUUGUCAGAACUCUAUCUCGAGAACAACCUUUUAACUGGAUUUGACCAAAAUCAAGGCAUUCUCCCAUGGCCGAAUCUGACGGCUCUGUCUCUUGGGUCUAACAUGUUACAAGGACCUCUGCCAAUUCCAACGCAAUCAAUCAGAUUUUAUGAUGUCGAAAACAAUGAAUAUACUGGAGAAAUAUCACCUCUGUUCUGCAACUUCAAUAAUCUCCAAAUUCUCGAGUUGUCCAACAACAACCUUAGUGGCAUGCUUCCACAAUGUUUGGGGGAAGCUACCAAGAGGGGUGAUGAAUUGUACUCAGUUAAAGGUAUGUUGCCCUAUAACUACUUAGAGAUCUGGAAUUCCAUGAAAUAUGUUGAUGAACACCAGCCAACUUAUUUUGAAGUAUUUACGGAUGUCGUCGGUGGACACUGCUUUUAUUAUUAUUACGCAAUGACAAUAAGUGGCAAAGGUGUUGAGUUGAAAUAUGAAAGGACCCCUUAUCUUCUCACACUCAUAGAUCUGUCAAGUAAUAGAUUUGAAGGAGAGAUUCCAAAAGGUCCCGUUGGGAACCUAAGAGGCCUUGUUUUGCUGAACCUUUCCAACAACUUUCUCACUGGUCACAUCCCCUCAUCUUUAGGGGACUUGGCUGUUCUCGAAUCGUUAGAUCUCUCCCAGAACCAGCUCUCAGGAAGGAUCCCGAGUAAUUUGGCACAACUCACUUUCCUUGCAUAUUUUAAUGUAUCCCAUAACCAUCUCUCUGGGCCUAUACCACCUGGCAAACAAUUCGAUACAUUCCAUAAGGAUUCGUACGAAGGAAACUCAUGUCUGUGUGGAAAGUCUCUACCAAAUAAAUGUGAAGAUUCUGAGAGCUCAACACGGACACCACCAUCAAUCGUGGAAGAAGAUGAAGAUUCUGUAUUUCAAAUUGCACUAGAUUGGUAUGUGGUUGUGCCAGGAGUUGUUAGUGGUCUGAUAGUUGGAGUGGUUGUUGUGGACAUAUGGACAACAAAGAAGCAUGAAUGGUGUGUGGAGACAUUUAGCAGGAGGAGGAAGCGAAGAGGCACAAGGGCUAGGAGGGGACGCAUAACUUAG